AAAAGCCUCCUCCACGACAUAGUAACGUAACAAAUUGUUGCAAUUUUUGCGGUCAGGAGAGGGACAAUUAAAGCCGACUUGGACCAAUCUUGCCCUAAGCUAAUAUCUACCACUGCUGUGUACAUACGUUGUACUCAACUUCGGAAUUAUUCUCAUAGGCCUACAUCUCUACUAUCUAUCUGAUAAAAAUCCACCUUCUAUGCGCAUGCGCCGAUAUUCUUCUAUUUGGAGUUUCUAUAUGGCAAGAUUUCCGAUUCCUAUAUAAAGCCGGCAACCUAAGAUGUAUUUGGUUUGUGUUCUAAUUUCAUGAUAUCGAACACUAUCAACACGUAUGCGCGUCAUUCUAACGCAAGACCUCCGCUCGAGAAUAUCAACGCUUUUACGGUCGGGCACUGCUAUUAUUAUUUCAACAGGUUGUUCGAUGAAUCAAGUUUAAAUGUCUCUACUUCCACCUAAUACGAAAACUUCAUGUAUCCAAACCUGCAGUAAAUCAUAUCGAUAUGACAAAACUGGAUUUACCCUCGGGAAUUAUCAUCAGGCAUACUAUGUUUGGCGGUAACAUUCACCAUGGCGUUUUCUGCGAUAAGACAGUAAUUCCAAAAUCUGCCAAAUUUGGACCAUUUCGUGGGAAAAUUGUACAUCCUAGCGAAAUAAAAACGACGGAUGAUAACAGCUGUAUGUGGGAGAUAUUCAUUGAAGGCAAGCUGAGCCACUUCUUGGAUGGAAAAGGAAGCGUAGGUUGCUGGAUGACUUUAAUAAACAGCGCCCGCUAUGCACAUGAACAAAACCUAGUCGCUGUUCAGGAGGGAAACGAGAUCUACUACGAAGCCUGCAAAGACAUUUCAAGGGUAGCUAACACUUUUAAAUAUCAAAAUUUUAAAAGAGCAAUUGUGUUCCAAAAAUAUAUAUACUUUUUCUUGUUGUGUACACAGUCGAGCAGCCUGAACAAACAUCUACGAGUCCAUAGCGGCGAGCGUCCUUAUAAGUGCGUAUACUGCAGCAAAGCCUUCACGGCCUCUAGUAUCCUAAGAACUCACAUUCGUCAGCACAGUGGCGAGAAGCCAUUUAAGUGCAAACAUUGUCUGAAAUCGUUUGCAUCACACGCAGCACACGACAGCCACGUCAGACGUACACACACUAAAGAGAAGGCGAGUGUAUGUCAGUUUUGCGGAAAGACGUUCGCUCAAUCCUACGAAUUGAAAUUCCACAUGAGCAUGCAUACAGGUAAAACACCAUACAGCUGCGUCAAAUGUGGAGAGGAGUUUGUGACGUCAUCAGCACGUGACCAGCAUCGAGCCUCUGCAAAGUGUUCAGCAAGCGGUCCUAGUCAAGUGCAGGAAACAUUGCCAUCAGGACAAACUUUGAUCCAUAAAAUAGUAAAUGCCCUCACCGUUCCCAUGGUUAACAAGAGUGACAUUAUCGAUGCCCACAUUAGACAAAUGUCAUCACGUCCACUUUUACCCCAGAGUAGAGAUACAGAAAACUGCGUUAAUGAAUACUCGUUAUAAAUUAUAUGACUAGGUAAAGCUCUAAAACAACAACAUAAAAACUCUGAUAAUAAUAAUAAUUUAGUAAUAAUAAUAAU